AUGGGGAGGCAGGCGGAGGGGCCGCCUUGGGCGUCGCCGGGGCGGCUGAGCUCCUGGCAAGCGGCGCUGCUCGCAGCCACCAUCCUGAGUUCUUGCUUCCGGCUCACCCAGGCCCAGGAGAUUCCUGUUACGGUGGAACCAGCAAAGCCAUUGGAAGGACAGGACGUCACUCUGACUCCAGAAGGAAAACCGACCUUUAUUGCAUGUGACUGGUAUCGAGGAGAACAAGCUGAACCAAGUCGGAUCUUUACGUAUGUUCCAUCAUCACCUCCUGAUCAGCAGAACGGUCCAGGCUUCACUGGGCGGGAGACUGGAGGCCCCGGCUGUUCCCUGCGCAUCGGGAAUCUGAUGCUGAACGACACUGGAGACUAUAUUGUGUCAAAGAUUGUGACUGGUAGUCGUGAAACGGGGCGUGUGCCUGUAGGAGUCUUGGAACUCCUGACCAAGCCCAGUGUGUCCGCCUUCCCAUCUCCCUUUCUCAUAGAGUCCACGGGUUCUGUUAAUCUAACCUGUGAGACCACCUCCAAAGAAGUGUCCAUCAGCUGGUUUUACAAUGGAGAGCCACUCAAUAGUAGCUCUCGGAUCCAGGUAUCCGAGGAUAACCGGACCGUUGUCAUCAAGGCCGCAACCC